CCCUCCGCGGGUGUGAUGAGCUGCCGCGGCCUCAGCCGGCUCCGGCACCGCAGCGCAGGGCCGCCAUGUUGUCCCCCCCGGCCUAUGACAGCCUGGAGCUGCAGCGGCAGUACGGAGACGUCAACAACCGCUGGGACAACGAGGAGGAGGAGGAGGAGGGUGACCAUGAAGGCAGCUCUGCCCGGCGCUUCGAGCGCUCCCGCAUCAAGGCCCUGGCCGACGAGCGCGAGGCUGUGCAGAAGAAAACCUUCACCAAGUGGGUGAACUCUCACCUCGCGCGCGGCACGUGCCGGCUCGGGGACCUCUACAGCGACCUCCGCGACGGCCGGAUGCUACUGCGCCUGCUCGAGGUGCUGUCCGGGGAGCAGCUGCCCAAGCCCACCAAGGGCCGGAUGCGGAUCCAUUGCCUGGAGAACGUGGACAAGGCUCUGCAGUUCCUCAAGGAGCAGCGCGUGCACCUGGAGAACGUGGGAUCCCAUGACAUUGUGGAUGGGAACCAUCGCCUCACCCUGGGGCUCGUCUGGACCAUCAUCCUGCGCUUCCAGAUCCAGGACAUCAGUGUGGAGACAGAGGACAACAAGGAGAAGAAGUCGGCCAAGGAUGCGCUGCUGCUGUGGUGCCAGAUGAAGACAGCAGGGUACCCCAAUGUGAACGUGCACAACUUCACCACGAGCUGGAGGGACGGGCUGGCCUUCAACGCCAUCAUCCACAAGCACAGGCCAGACCUGGUGGACAUGGACACGCUGCGGCGCUGCAAUGCCCAUUACAACCUGCAAAGCGCCUUCAACCUGGCGGAGCGCGAGCUUGGGCUCACCAAGCUGCUGGACCCCGAGGAUGUCAACGUGGACCAGCCGGAUGAGAAGUCCAUCAUCACCUACGUGGCCACUUUCUACCACUACUUCUCCAAGAUGAAGGCGCUGGCGGUGGAGGGGAAGCGCAUUGGGAAGGUGCUGGACGCGGCGCGGGAGGCAGAGGAGCUGGUGGGCAAGUACGAGGAGCUGGCUGGGGAGCUGCUGGGCUGGAUCGAACAGACCAUCCUCAUCCUCAACGACCGGCAGUUGGCCAACGCGCUGCCUGGCGUCCAGAACCAGCUGCAGGCCUUCAACACCUACCGCACCGUGGAGAAACCCCCCAAGUUCAUGGAGAAGGGCAACCUGGAGGUGCUGCUGUUCACCGUCCAGAGCCGCAUGCGCGCCAACAACCAGAAGGUCUAUGUGCCGCGGGAGGGGAGGCUCAUCUCCGACAUCAACAAGGCCUGGGAGCGGCUGGAGAAGGCGGAACACGAGCGGGAGCUGGCGCUGCGCACGGAGCUCAUCCGGCAAGAGAAGCUGGAGCAGUUGGCAGCGCGGUUCGACCGUAAGGCAGCCAUGAGGGAGACGUGGCUGAGCGAGAACCAGCGCCUCGUCUCCCAGGACAACUUUGGCACUGACAUGUCCGCGGUGGAGGCCGCGGUGCGCAAGCACGAGGCCAUCGAGACCGACAUCGUGGCCUACAGCGAGCGGGUGCAGGCGGUGAGCGCGGUGGCCGCCGAGCUGGAGGCCGAGCGCUACCACGACAUCCGGCGCGUGGUGACGCGGCGCGACAACGUGGUGCGGCUCUGGGAUUCCCUGCGGCGGCUGUUGGCCGCGCGCCGCGAGCGCCUGAUGCUGCACUUGGAGCUGCAGAAGAUGCUGCAGGACCUGGCGCAUCUCAUGGGCUGGAUGGAGGACAUGAAGGGUCGGCUGCAGUCGCAGGACUUGGGGAAGCACCUGCACGGUGUGGACGAUCUCCUGCAGAUCCAUGCGCUGGUGGAGGCUGACAUCGCGGCACAGGCGGAGCGGGUGCACGCCGUGAGUGCUGCGGCACAGCGCUUUGCCAUACCCAGGGAGGGCUACCAGCCCUGUGACCCAGCGGUGGUUCGGGAGCACGUGGCCACACUGGAGCAGCGUUACCGGGAGCUGUCGGACCUGGCAAAGCAGCGCCGGGCUCGGCUGGAGGAAUCCCGGCGCCUCUGGAAGUUCUUCUGGGAUACAGGCGAGGAGGAAGCUUGGAUGCGGGAGCAGGAGCGGCUCCUGCGCUCCGAGGAUGUGGGCAGGGACCUGACGAGCUCCAUGCGGCUGCUGAGCCAACACGAUGCCUUCCGUGGGGAGCUGAGCGGGCGCUCGGGGCUGCUGGAGCAGGCGCUGGAUCGGGGCCGGGCGCUGGCGGCCGAGGGCGGCUUGGGCGCCGCCGAGGUGGCCGAGCGGGUGCGGGAGCUGGACGGGCACUGGGGUGCACUGGUCGAGCUGGCGGCCGAGCGCGAGCGGCGCCUGCGGGAAGCCGCCGGCUUCUUCCAGUUCCAGGCGGAGGCGGCGGAUGCCGAGGCCUGGCUGGAGGAUGCUCUGCGCUUGGCCUCCAGCCCGGAGCUGGGCCACGACGAGUACUCGACGCGGAGCCUGGCGCGGCAGCACCGCGAGGUGCAGGAGGAGGUGCGGAGCCAUCGCCCUGCCAUCGAUGCGCUGCACGAGCAGGCGCGGGCGCUGCCGUCGGCCUUCGCCGCGGACCGCGCGGUCACCGGGAGGCUGCCGGCGCUGGAGCGGCGAUACCGGGAGCUGGCGGCGAGAGCCGAGCGCCGGCGCCAGGACCUGCAGGAUGCCCUCAGCCUCUACACCAUGCGCAGCGAGGCCGAUGCCUGCGGGCUGUGGCUGGGGGACAAGGAGCAGUGGCUCCAUGCCAUGCACGUGCCUGACAAGCUGGAGGACCUGGAGGUGGUGCAGCAGCGCUUCGAGACGUUGGAACCUGAGAUGAACAAUCUGGCAUCACGUGUGGCUGCUGUUAACCGCAUCGCAGACCAGCUGCUGGGCACCGAGCAGCUCAACCAGGAGAGCAUCCGGGGCACCCGCGAGCAGCUCAACGGGAGGUGGGAGCGGUUCCGUGCUCUGGCCGACCAGAAGAAGGAGGCCCUGACCUCGGCCCUGAACAUCCAGAACUAUCACCUGGAAUGCAACGAGACCACGUCCUGGAUGCGGGAGAAGACAAAGGUGAUCGAGUCCACCCAGGGGCUGGGCAAUGACCUGGCCGGUGUCAUGGCCCUUCAGCGCAAGCUCUCGGGCAUGGAGCGCGACCUGGAAGCCAUCCAGGGCAAGGUGCGGGACCUGCGCGCCGAAGCCGGCAAGCUGGCGGCCGAGCACCCGGAGCAGGCUCCCGGCAUCCAGGCCAGGCUCUCGGCCAUCGAGGCCGUGUGGGACGAGCUGUGCCGGAGCCUGCGGCGCCGCGAGGACUCGCUGGGAGAGGCCAGCAAACUGCAGGGCUUCCUGCGGGAUCUGGCCGCCUUCCAGGCCUGGUUGUCCCGCACGCAGACGGCCGUGGCCUCCGAGGACGUCCCGGCCACGCUGGCCGAAGCCGAGCGGCUGCUGAGCCAGCACGAGAGCAUCUGCAAGGAGAUCGAGCACUAUGGGGAUGACUACCGCAGCACGCGCGCCAUGGGGCGCCAGGUGACGCAGGGACAGACGGACGCGCAGCACGUCUUCCUGCACCAGCGCCUGGAAGCUCUGGACACAGGCUGGGAAGAGCUGGGAAGGAUGUGGGAGAACCGGCACCAGCUCCUGUCACAAGCAUUCGCCUUCCAGCUCUUCCUGAGGGACUCCAAGCAGGUCGAGGGCGUCCUCAGCACGCAGGAAUAUGCACUAUCGCACACGGAGAUGCCCAGCACCUUGCCUGCAGCUGAGGCCUCUGUCAAGAAGCACGAGGAUUUCAUGGCCACCAUGGAAGCCAAUGGGGAGCGUGUCCAGGGCUUGGUGGCCACCGGCCGCAAGCUGGUGGCCGAGGGCAGCCUCCAUGCUGACAAGGUGCAGGAGACGGUGGAUUCGGUGGAGAGCAGGCACCAGAGGAACCGGGACAUGGCCCAGGAGCUGCUGGGGAGGCUGCGGGACAACUGGGAGCUGCAGCGGUUCCUGCAGGAUGGGCAAGAGCUCACGCUCUGGAUCAACGAGAAGAUGCUGACGGCUCAGGAUGUGUCCUAUGAGGAGGCUCGCAACCUGCACACCAAGUGGCAGAAGCACCAGGCGUUCGCGGCCGAGCUGGCUGCCAACAAGGGCUGGCUGGAGAAGAUGGAGAAGGAGGGGCAGCAACUGGCGGCGGCGAAGCCGGAGCUGGGGCCGGUGGUGACGGAGAAGCUGUCGGCGCUGAGGGGGCUGUGGGAUGAGCUGGAGUCCACCACACGCACCAAAGCGCGGCGCCUGUUCGAUGCCAACCGCGCCGAGCUGUGCGCGCAGUCGUGCGCGGCGCUGCGGGGAUGGCUGGGGGGGGUCAGCGCACAACUGCGCUCCGAUGACUACGGCAAGGACCUCACCAGCGUCAGCAUCCUGCUCAAGAAGCAGCAGAUGCUGGAGAAGCAGACAGCAGUGAGGGAGAAGGAGGUGGAGGCAAUCCGGGCGCAGGCACAGGCACUGAGCAGGGAGGACAGCAGCGCAGCUGAGGUGCAGAGCCAGGUCCAGGCGGUGGAGCAGCAGUUCCUGGCGCUGCGGGAGCCGCUGCGGGAGCGAUGCCGACGGCUGCUGGCGUCCAAGGAGGAGCAUCAGUUCCACCGGGACCUGGAGGAUGAGAUCCUGUGGGUGAAGGAGCGCAGGCCUCUGGCUGUGUCCACCGACCAUGGCAAGGACCUGCCCUCGGUGCAGCUCCUCAUCAAGAAGAACCAGACGCUGCAGAAGGAGCUGCAGGGCCACGAGCGGCGCGUGGAGGAGCUGCUGCAGCGGCGCGGGACCGGGACCGGAGCGGCCGAACCGGUGCGGGAGCUGCGGGAGGCCUGGCAGGAGCUGCGGCUGCAGGCGGAGCUGCGGCACCGGCGCCUGGAGCGGGCGCUGGCAGCACAGCAGUUCUAUUGCGAUGCUGCCGAGGCCGAGGCGUGGAUGGGGGAGCAGGAGCUGCACAUGAUGGCCCAGGAGAAGGCCAAGGAUGAGCUGAGUGCCCAGGCCAUGGUCAGCAAGCACUUGGUGCUGGAGCAGGCGCUGCGGGACUAUGCCCACACCGUGCACCAGCUCUCGGCACAGAGCCGUGAUAUGGUGGCCAGUGGGCACCCCGAGAGCGAGCGGCUGACGCUGCGCCAGGGCCAGGUGGACAAGCUCUAUGCCAGCCUGAAGGAGCUGGCCGAGGAGCGCCGCGCGGCGCUGCAGGAGCACCACCGCCUGUGCCAGCUCAAGCGCGACCUGGAUGACCUGGAGCAAUGGAUCUCGGAGCGAGAGGUGGUGGCUGCUUCCCACGAGCUGGGCCAGGACUACGAGCACGUCACGAUGCUGCGGGACAAGUUCCGGGAGUUCUCGCGGGACACGAGCAGCAUCGGGCAGGAGCGUGUGGACGCGCUCAACGCGCUGGCGGACGCGCUGAUCGCCGCCGGCCACUCGGCAAACGCCACCGUGGCCGAAUGGAAGGAUGGACUCAAUGAGGCCUGGGCUGAUCUCCUGGAGCUCAUCGACACCCGCUCGCAGAUGCUGGCGGCCUCCUAUGAGCUGCACCGGUUCUACCACGACGCCCGCGAGACGCUGGCGCAGGUGCGGCACAAGCAGAAGCAGCUGCCGGAGGAGGUGGGACGGGACCUGAACACGGCCGAGGCCAUGCAGCGCAUGCACAGUGCCUAUGAGCAUGACAUCCAGGCCCUCAGCACCCAGGUGCGGCAGGUGCAGGAGGACGCGGCGCGGCUGGAGAAGGCUUACGCGGGCGAGAAGGCAGCCGACAUCCGGCGGCACGAGCGCGCCGUGAGCCAGGCCUGGGCCGAGCUGUGCGGCUCCAGCCAGGGCCGGCGCCGGCUGCUCCUGGACACCGUGGACAAGUUCCGGUUCCUGCGCGCGGUGCGGGACCUGCUGCUCUGGAUGGACGGUGUCCGCCUGCAGAUCGAGGGCCAGGAGCGCCCGCGGGACGUGUCCUCGGCUGACCUGGUGAUCAAGAACCACCAGAGCAUCAAGGCGGAGGUGGAGGCGCGAGCCGACAGCUUCGACGCCUGCGUGGCCAUGGGCACCGCGCUGCUGGACAAGGGUCACUAUGCUGCGGACAAGAUCUCGGAGAAGCUCUCCCAGCUCCAGGAGCGGCGCAGGGACAUCGGGGAGCGCUGGAAGGAGAAGAUGGAUUGGCUGCAGAUCGCGCUGGAGGUGCUGAUGUUCAGCCGCGAUGCCAGCAUGGCCGAGGCCUGGUUGUGCAGCCGGGAGCCGCUGCUGCGCUCGGCAGAGCUGGGAUCCAGUGUGGCUGAGGUGGAGAACCUGCUCAAGAGGCACCGAAGCUUCCAGAAGGCAGCGGCCGCAUGGGAGGAGAGGUUCGCGGCGCUGGAGAGGCUCACGACGCUGGAGGAGAAGGAGCGGCGGCGUCGGGAGGAGGAGGCGCGGAAGAAGCGGCCGCCCACCCCCCCCCCCAUGCAGACCGGGACCGGAGCCCCCCCCCCAACGGUGCCCCCCGAAACACAGAAUGGGGGUGUGGGGGCCGCGGAGCAGCGCGUCCCGGCCCAGCAGAGCCGCCCACCGGAGGCACCGGCUGUUAACGGGAUCUGCCCUGACAGCGCCGCAGCACAGGUGCCAUCAGGACUCAGCAAUGGGGCACAGGAACCGGGUCCCGGCUCGGGGGGGUCCCCCCGGGGGCGCCCGGGGGGGGUCCCGGCCCCUGACCCCUCGCACGCGGCCACGCUCCCCCCCCGGGGCCCCCCCGCCCCCGAGAGCCUGGAGGGGGGGCUCUGCCGCAAGCACGAGAUGGAGGCGCAGGGCAAGAGGGCGCCCAAUCGGUCCUGGCAGAGCGUGUACUGUGUCCUGCGGGGGGGCAGCCUCAGCUUCUACAAGGACGCCAAGAGCGCGGGGGGGGCCGGGGCCCCGUUCCAUGGGGAGCCCCCUGCCAGCCUGCGUGGGGCCCGCUGCCACCCCGCUACCCACUACAAGAAGAGGAAGCACGUCUUUAAACUGGGGCUGAGUGAUGGCAAGGAGUACCUGUUCCAGGCCAAGGAUGAGGCCGAGAUGAGCACGUGGCUCCGGGUGAUCCAGGCCGCGGCUGCGCUGGCUCCGGGGUCCCGGUUGGAGGCACCGGGGGGGGCCCCGGCGGGGGGGGGGACGGGGGUGACCCGCGCCAUGAGCAUGCCCCCGGUGCCCCCCCCCACCGAGGGCGCCCCCCGCACACGUGACCGGGAACGGGAGCGUGAGAAACGCUUCAGCUUCUUCAAGAAGAACAAAUAGA